UGGCCAAGAGACAACAUCGAUAGUGUCAUCGAUGGCUGGGCCACCACUAGUACUCACUGGAUGCAAAAAUGUCUUUUCUGAAAAGUUGAUGUAUUCAAAUUCAAAUGGUGAACUCGAUUUUGGCCGUUGCCGUUGUUGUCACUACUGCCGUGCACGUUGUUGUAAUUGGAGCUGGGAAUCGCGAUGGAGCAGGAAAUCGGUACCUGGGAUUCGGUGCUGCUCGAGAACCUGUCCGAGGAUAGUUUCAUAAACAACAUCCACCAGCGCUAUAAGCGCGAUCACAUAUAUACCUACAUUGGAACGUCUGUUGUGGCUCUGAAUCCAUAUCAUCACAUAUCCGAGCACUCUCUGGACAAUGUCCGCAACUAUGGCGAUAAGGGCAUCUUCCAGCUGCCGCCCCACAUCUAUGGACUCACAAAUCUGGCUUAUCAAUCGCUUAAGGAUCAGAGCGAGGAUCAGUGCGUGCUUCUCACCGGCGAGAGCGGAGCGGGCAAAACGGAGACCUUUAAAAUGAUUGUAAACUUUCUGACCCAUAUACAGGAUCGCUCACACUGUCCCCCCACACCGAAUGUCCUACGGAAGCAAUCCUCAACCAGCUCGGCCAGCGGAUUGGUGCUGCACGCCCACAGGCGGGCCUCCAGCAGCUGCUCCGGCACUGCCAAUUUUAUUAUAUGCAAAAAUCGGGCGGAAAAUCCGUCAGCAAGUGUUUCACGGAGACAGAGUCCUUCGCCAGGACCAUCGCAGCGAUCACGGACGCGGGCAGAGAGCAUCGAACGCCAAAGCAGGCGCCACAUGCGAGAGAAAAUCGUGGACUUUGAUUUCUCACACCACAAGAGUAGCGAAAACAUCAGCGGCCUUCCCGAAUCACACGCCCACCACUUGCAUCCGACCAAGUCGUGCUUCAAGCACCAGCAGACCCAAGUCAGCGCCUGCACUGCCAUGCCCGCGGCCGCCAAGGGAUCGCCGAAAUAUGCCGUACCCACCAUGUACGGCGGUUGCCGUCAGUGCGGCCACAGCAAGUGCGUCCGUGCUCAGAGCCUGGAGAAGGAGGAGCGGGAUGAUUUGCGAGGCAGCAACUGCCGCCUGUCCACCAUUGCCACCGCCACCAGCAACCCGGUACAUCCGCAUCGCGGCAGUUGCUCCAACUUGAUGCGGCAGCACUCGACUGAAAGUCAGCCGGAGCGGGAACGGGAUCGUAGCUCCCUCAUGGGGUCCACGCAACGUAUAUCGCUGUACGAUGCACACAAGCUGAGCAAGGUCCUGGGCGAUCUACCGCCACCUCCGCCUAGUUCCGUUUCGCCCACGCCCUCGGCCAGCUCUUCGCUGCACAGGCGUCACAAAUCGCCCACGCAACGAAUGCGCGAGUGCGUCACCUGUGCGGAUGUGUUCCUGGAGGCCAUGGGCAAUGCCUGCACCCUGAAAAAUAACAACUCUAGUCGCUAUGGAAAGUUAUUUGAUAUCGAAAUUGAUUUUAAGGGAGAUCCAAUGGGAGUGCACAUUACCCACUAUAUGUUGGAAAAGACCCGUAUAACGGACACCAUCAUUGGAGAGCGAAAUUUUCACAUAUUUUACCAGUUACUAUUAGGUGCUGAUCUCCAGUUGCUAAAAUCGCUCAAGCUGUAUCGAAAUGUGGAAAAGUACGAGCUGCUCCGCAACACAACUGCCAUGGAGGAGGACCGCAUGAAUUUUCAUUAUACGAAGCGAUCCUUGGAUGUGCUGGGCCUCAGUUGUGAAGAAAGCAACUCCAUCUUUAGGGUCAUUGCAGUGGUUCUAAAGUUGGGUAACUUUAUUUUUGUACCCAUUACUAACAUAGACGGAACUGAGGGUUGUCAGGUGUCCAAUGUAUACGAGGUUCAAGAAACAGCACAGCUUCUUAAUAUGGAAGCCCAAAUUCUCAUCAACUGCUUAACCAGAGCGAAUAGCUCGAACAGCGCUCAAGAGGAUGUGGGUUGCGAAAUGGAUGCACGACAAGCAGCAAUCAACCGGAACACGCUCUGUCGCACUCUCUACAGCCGUCUUUUCACGUGGCUGGUAAACAAAAUUAAUGAGUCCCUAAAGUCAACACAGCGCGAGAAGAACCUGGCAUUGCUAGAUUUUUAUGGAUUCGAAGUGCUGGACCACAACUCCUUUGAGCAGUUUGCCAUUAAUUAUAGCGCGGAAAAGAUUCACCAGAAUUUUGUGUUUCAUGUGCUGCGUUCGGAGCAAGAACUCUACAUUCGCGAGGGAUUGGAAUGGUCUCGGAUUGAUUAUUUUGACAACGAGUCAAUUUGCGAGUUAAUAGACAAACCCAGUUAUGGUAUACUGAGCUUGAUUAAUGAACCCCAUUUAAAUAGCAACGAUGCUUUGCUUUUGCGAGUUCAGCAGUGUUGCGCGGGGCAUCCCAACUUCAUGACCAGCGGCAGCAACUCCAUGUGCUUUCAGAUUCGUCAUUAUGCAAGUGUAGUGAACUACUCAAUACAUCGGUUCCUCGAAAAGAACUCCGACAUGCUGCCGAAAUACAUAAGUGCUGCCUUUUACCAAAGCAAGCUUUCCUUAGUGCAAAGCCUAUUCCCCGAGGGAAAUCCCCGUCGGCAGGUUACCAAAAAGCCCAGUACGUUGAGCUCGAACAUCCGCACCCAAUUGCAGACGCUGCUGGCCAUCGUUAAGCAUCGCCGCUCCCACUAUGUGUUCUGUAUCAAGCCCAACGAGGGUAAGCAUCCGCACCAGUUUGACAUGGCACUGGUUCAACAUCAGGUGCGCUACAUGUCGCUCAUGCCGCUGGUCCACCUGUGUCGCACUGGUCAUUGCUACCAUCUGCUGCACGUUAAGUUCUUUCAUCGCUAUAAGUUGCUCAACAGCCUGACUUGGCCCCACUUUCAUGGUGGCAGUCAGGUAGAGGGUAUCGCCCUAAUAAUCCGCAACCUACCGCUGCCCUCAGCGGAGUUCACGAUCGGCACCAAAAAUGUGUUCGUCCGUAGUCCCCGCACCGUAUAUGAGUUGGAACAGUUUCGACGCCUGCGGAUUAGCGAGCUGGCCGUGCUCAUUCAAAAGAUGUUUCGAAUGUACCAUGCAAGAAAGCGCUUUCAGCGCAUGCGACACAGCCAGAUGAUCAUUUCGAGUGCCUGGCGCACGUGGCGGGAAUGCCGAUUUGGCAUUCCGUUCACUGGUCGUAGGCAUUUGUGGAGUUUAUAUCGUGUCGCCCGCGAGGAGUAUCGGUCCUUGAAGUACAAACGACAGGUGAGAUGGGCCAUCGAUAUUAUAGGUCGCUACUACCGCCAGUGGAAGAUCAGGCAGUUCCUUCUGACUAUUCCCUUGCGAUUGCCACCCAACACGCUAAGUCCGCUUUCUACCGAAUGGCCAGUGGCGCCCGUAUUCCUCGCAGAUGCCUCCCGUCAUCUAAGGUCCAUUUACCAUCGUUGGAAGUGCUACAUCUACCGAAACUCCUUUGAUCAAACAGCACGCAAUCGAAUGCGAGAGAAGGUCACGGCCAGCAUUAUCUUUAAGGAUCGGAAAGCUUCCUAUGGACGAAGUGUGGGCCAUCCUUUCGUCGGGGACUAUGUGCGACUGCGACACAACCAGCAGUGGAAAAAGAUUUGCGCCGAGACCAACGAUCAGUAUGUUGUAUUCGCAGACAUAAUCAACAAGAUAGCGCGCUCCAGUGGCAAGUUUGUGCCCAUUUUGCUGGUGCUGUCCACUUCAUCGCUUCUGCUGUUAGACCAACGAACGCUGCAAAUCAAGUACAGAGUGCCUGCAUCGGAGAUUUACCGAAUGUCUCUGAGCCCCUACCUAGAUGACAUUGCUGUGUUUCACGUAAAAGCGUCUGAAUUUGGACGGAAGAAGGGUGAUUUCGUUUUUCAAACAGGUCAUGUGAUUGAAAUAGUGACCAAAAUGUUUCUGGUCAUACAAAAUGCCACGGGCAAACCCCCGGAGAUACACAUAAGCACUGAAUUUGAAGCGAAUUUCGGCCAGCAGACUGUCAUCUUCUCGUUCAAAUACGGCGGCAUGUCGGACUUAGCACAAGGCCCACCCAAGGUCACCCGCAAGGCGAACCGCAUGGAGAUAAUUGUGUGAUCCACGACAGAAUCGAAAUCUGAUCGUGGCAGCUCAUCGAGUCUGCUGCUAUCAUCUUCUUCGCCUUAGACAGAACUCGAGUUCGGCGGUCCGUAUCCAAAAUUGUCGCCAGUCAUCGUGCAAUUGCAAUUACCAUUGCAUUUGGCGGUGGCCGGGGUCAGUCGACUUUUAUAUGGUCCCAGGGAUCAAAAUACAAUUUUAGCAAUAUAUUCAUACACUCACACUUAUAAUUUAGUUUCGUUCACAAGUGACAAUCAGAGUAACCAAUUUGUUGUCAGGAUUGUGCCAAAAGCAGGAAACUAGAAUUGUACCAAGGAGUAAAAAAAGAGCGAGCUAAUUUUAAAAUGCACCCUUUUAUUUAACUAUGUAGAGUUAAAGGAAAGGAAACUAACGAAGUGAACAACUGAAUUUAUUCAUCUAAUUUGUCAACCUAGUUUAAAGUGUAAGUCGUGCACCAAGUCGAUUAGCAUUGCAACAAUAAGUAUGUACUGCAAAUAAGCACUGGUAGCAGCGCAGCUCGCCAAGAUUGGAGGAGGAUUUGGAGUGUGCGCGGGUGCUGGUCAAGCAGUGUUUAGGAUUUUACACAAACUAUGAUAUUUCCGUUAUAGAAACCAAGGCAUUUCUCUUACUUUUAAGGUUUCAUACACAAUAAUUAGUAAACUAAUGCUAGGACAGACAUAUAAACCUCUUUAUAUACUGGAAACACAAAUGAACCCAAUAUAUGCAAUUUGCUGCAACAAAACAAGAUAGAAACUUUUCCCAAGCAAAACAAAACAUGUUAAACAACUAUUUACAAAGCAGAGCAGACGAGUAGUUAAAUAUUUCAAAUAAAUAUAUAAAUAUAUGUAUACACCAUACGAAAUUAAUAAUGAGUCUAUAUAAAAGCGACAACAAUAUGGGAAAAUACAGAAAACAUGUUUGUUACAAGUUGAGAACGAAUGUAUGUAGUUGUUUAUAUAUAACUUGUUAUUGAUAGUUCGGGCAUCUACGUAAUUAAAGCUGGAGUUUAGUUGCCCCAGCGAUGUCACAUGGUAUCUGCGACAUGGAACUCCAUCAGUUUUUAUUUGUAUUUAAGUUUUAAGCGAAUACUUCGAAAGAAAAGCCAAAUAUGAGUAAAUCGAAACCCAACCAGUUGGUAGUUUAUAAAACAAAGUUUAGCAAUAAUAAAACAUACACAUAGU